GACAGGACUCUGCACCAUUGUCGUCGUGUUCGUCGUCGUCGUCGUCGUCUUGGUUUUCGAUAUAUAUAUAUACAUAUUAUUGAGCUGUGCACGUCGACAAAGCGUCUUCGGCAUUUGAGUGCAGUCGAACAAAAUAAUAAUUGAUAUUAUUUGUACCAAUGGUGAGUCUUCAGUGCGCCAUUGGUGCUGGUGAUGCUUUUGAACCCGACGACUGCUAUCACGGUCACUUUUCGCCCCGCAACGCAUAGUUGCAAACGCCACUUGUUGUUUUCACCGUCCGAAACCCACUGCCACACGCGGUCAGCGUCCGUUUCGAUAAUCAGUCAAAGAAGUAAAUUACGUGACGAUAACACCAUUUGGAUACACUAUUAUACGCUAUAUAUAAUGUAGAUGUGAGGAGGAAACCGUUCAUUUGGAAAAUCACUAGAAGUCACUUACGUUUUAUUAAAUGCGUUAUUUCCUAUGACAGCAGGUUACAAUAUGACUGUCGGCAGUAAUAAUUAAUCGAAAGCUUAAGUAAUGAGUACGAUUAUUCGGGUACAGGAGAAGUCAGUUUCCACAGACCCCGAGCAAUUGGACGAUCUAGACCACGAAGACUACCGAGUGCAUCACAUCCUGGCGGCACUAGUCAACCGAAAAGUCAUAUCCAUCAAGGCGGAUAUCUGUGAGGCCAAACUCAAAUGGAGAAUACAACCAAAGUUAUUGGUGCAAAGAUUGGCAGAGAAAAAUUCAAAAAACAAACGCAAACUAGGCCGACGCCGAAAGGGUCGCUGCAUGCAUUCAUGUCAAAAACAUCAUCACCACCAUCACCACCAUCAUCAUCAGCAUCGACAUGAUCUAGAUCACCAAUUAUUUCACCAUCAUCACCACCAUUGUGAUGGGAUCGUUAGACAAGAAGAACCUGUCCAAGUUGAAGAAUGGCCUCAGACUCAGAGACCUACUGUACCCUAUUUAGGUGGACACAUCCUUACCGCCGCCUUACAAAGAUCCACUGCUGGGAUGUCAGAAGAAAAUCGUCAUUAUAUAGAGACUCAAAACCCAAAGACUCGGUUGAAAAAAAAAAUCCGUAGAACGAGAUUCGGAGAAGAUAAACAUAAUGUAAUGAGACCUCAUCCCGUUCCCACUAUACAUCCAGACGACUUGCCUCAAAGAGCGAGAUGGACAAUUAUCAUCACCGCCGGACUGUUACUCAUCACUUGUAUGCUGUUGGUGGGCGUAACACUAAGAAUGGCACCCGUAAUUGACGAACUCGUUAGAAAUAAAAACGAAGAGUUAAUGAAUUCACUAGAUCGAGAAGAAUUUGGACCAUCAGACAAUAACACUGAAUACAUGUAUAGGUAACACCUUCAAUAAACUAAUAUUUUUACUAAAAACAUUAUAAUAAUAAAUAUAUUUAACAACAUUUAAUUAAGGUAUCUACUAAUAUUAUUGUGGUAAAUGUAAAUUUUAUAAUAUGUUAAAACGUUAAUUUGUUAUAUACAAUUGUAAAUAUUGUUGCGUAAAGAAAUCAUCGUCCAAAAGUUAAUUUCUAAAUAAUAAUAAAUGGCAAUCAUUGAUUUCUGAUUUUUGUACUUUGAAUGUUUAAC